AUGCUUAAGUAUAACAUUAUGAAUCAGGUAACAAAACUAAGAAAAAGGAAUUGUUUAGAUUAGACACAUUUUUUAAUGAGGAUUGAAAACCAGAAGAAUAUAUAGAUUCAAUGUAAAUAAAAAGUUAGAGAUUGCACAAUAUAAUCUAAAGCAUUUCAACAAUGUAUAGAACUAAAGCAUAUUAAGAGUAUAAUUAAAGAAAAUCAUUGCAUCAUCGAUCAAUUCAUUUAUGAAUGUGUUCAAAUGAUAUAUCUGAGUAAUUAUCUUUGGAAGAUGUUGAAGAAAAUCUUAAUAAGAGUAAUUAAGAUUAUGAGAAAUUUAUAAGUUUGAGAGAUUUAAACUGAAAGAAUAAUUGGAACAAGAUAAGAUAAAAAGUUAGAGAUUAGAUUAGUAUGUGUAAAUAUCAUUACAAAAGUUAGGAUUAUAAAAAAAGAUGUUUUCAAUGAAGGAAUUAUAAGAAUUCAUAAAAUAAUGUCAAAUUUAAACUUUAAAUGUUGUGAAUGAGUAUAAAACAGAAAGAUAAGAAUUCAAAAAUAGAAAAUCUUAAUUGUUAAGUUCUUAUAUCUAAUAAUAAUACAUAUACAAAUACUUAAUCAAAAUUUAAGAAUUUGUAUUAAGAUAGCGUAAAAUUUGA